AUGGCAAUGAAUGCAGUGUUUAGGGCUACUAGACCCACCAGUUCUGGUGUAGUGAGUACCGUGUAUCAAGUCGCUACGUAUCUUAGAGUUAAGAACUAUCGUAUGCUUAGUUCUUUUAUUGGGAAGGUACAGAAGAGUUUAUCACUCUUUGUACCAAAAAAGCAUACAUUGAGCUACUUGAAUGAAGAUCAUGCCACAGCCACAGACACAGCCACAACUGAGCUUGCAGAUGAUGUUAUGAAAGGUUGCUUUGCUGUUAUGGCAAAGAAGGGUGAGGAAACUAGAAGGUUUAUUGUUGGGUUAGAUUACUUAACUGAUCCUACUUUUUUAGGAUUGCUUGAUGAAGCUGUGGAGGAAUAUGGUUUUAGACAAAAAGGAACUCUCGUUGUUCCGUGUCGCCCGAUAGAAUUACAGAACAUUUUAGAUGGUCGGAAAACCUAG